GAGUGUCCCCGCCCCGCCGCGCCUCAUUGCCAGCUGCUGCGGCGACCGCGGCAGUGUUGUCCGCUCCCGGAGCCGGCGCGAAUCCGGCCCUCGGCGGCGGGAUCCGGGCAGGUCGUGACGAGCCCUGCCUGGGCUGAAGAUUGCGGAGGAUGGAAACACGCACCCAGCAAUGUCUCUGGGCCGCCUCCUUCGCCGAGCCUCCUCCAAAGCCUCAGAUCUCCUGACCCUCACCCCCGGUGGCAGUGGUGCGUCCCCCUGUGUCCUGGAUGGAGAGAUCAUCUAUUCCAAGAACAAUGUCUGUGUGCACCCACCCGAGGGGCUGCAGGGCCUGGGGGAGCAUCACCCAGGGUACCUGUGCUUGUACAUGGAGAAGGACGAAAUGCUGGGCACCACCCUCAUCCUGGCCUGGGUCCCCAACACCCGCAUCCAGAGGCAGGACGAGGAGGCCCUGCGCUACAUCACCCCUGAGAGCUCCCCCGUGCGCAAGGCCCCGCGCCCUGGGCGCCGCCGCACCCUGAGCACCGGUGUCGCUCACCAGGCCUCCCCUGUGGAGCCGAGGCCCACCCUGAUCCCCAGAGAUGAAGACAUCCUGGUGGUGGCCCAGAACAUCCAGGAUGCCGUCCAUAUCAGCCCUUCACCUGAGGAAGGGGAGAAGCUGGCCCAGGGCCCCGGCGGGGACAGUCUCCUCCCUGCCUCGCAGGCUGUCCACAGCGACUCUGGGAUCUUGUCUACAGUCAGUUCGCAGGAUGGGACGGAGGAGGGCCGGGAGGCUCGGCCUGAGGCUGGGGAGGAGGAAGGCUCCCUGGAGCUGUCUGCCGAUGGUGUAAGCAGGGACAGCUCCUUCGACUCUGACUCAGAUGCCUUCUCCUCGCCCUUCUGCCUGUCACCCGUCAGCGCGGCCCUGGCGGAGGGCAGCAGCUCGGCGUUCCUGGAGAGCGAGGGCAGCUCCCCUUCCAGCUCUGAUGCCAACUUGAGGUUCCCAGAGGGCUCUGGCCCACUGCAGACCCCACGCUGGGAAGAGUCACAGCGGGGCUGUGCACUGGAGCAGAUCUGUGGUGUGUUCCGUGUGGACCUGGGGCACAUGCGCUCCCUGCGCCUUUUCUUCAGUGACGAGGCCUGUACCAGCGGUCAGCUGGUAGUCGCCAGCCGAGAGAGCCAGUACAAAGUCUUCCACUUCCACCACGGCGGCCUGGACAAGCUGUGCGAGGUGUUCCAGCAGUGGAAGUUCUGCGCUGAGACACACCUGCGAGACCAGCAGGUCGCAGAUGAACGGACGUGCAUGCAGUUCUCCAUCCGACGGCCCAAGCUGCCGUCCUCGGAGACGCACCCCGAGGAGAGCUCCUACCGCAGACUGGAUGUCUCCACCUGGCUCAGCCACCUGAAUGAGCUGGGCCAGGUGGAGGAGGAGUACAAGCUUCGAAAGGCCAUUUUCUUUGGCGGCAUUGACGUGUCAAUCCGGGGGGAGGUCUGGCCCUUCCUGCUGCGCUAUUACAGCCCCGAGUCCACAUCGGAGGAGCGGGAGGCGCUGCGGGUGCAAAAGCGAAAGGAAUACGAGGAGAUCCAGCAGAAGAGCCCUCUCCCUGCCAGGCUUGCCAUGUCUCCUGAGGAGCACAGAGCUUUCUGGCGGAACGUGCAGUUCACCGUGGACAAAGAUGUGGUCCGCACCGACAGAAGCAACCAGUUCUUCCGAGGGGAAGACAAUCCCAACGUGGAGAGCAUGAGGAGGAUCCUGCUGAACUACGCUGUGUACAACCCAACCAUCGGCUACUCCCAGGGCAUGUCAGACCUGGUGGCGCCCAUCCUGGCCGAGGUCCUGGACGAGUCUGACACCUUCUGGUGUUUUGUUGGCUUGAUGCAGAACACGAUCUUUGUCAGCUCUCCCCGGGACGAGGACAUGGAAAAACAGCUGCUCUACCUGCGGGAGCUGCUACGGCUGACGCAUCUGCGCUUCUACCAGCACCUGGUGUCACUGGGCGAGGAUGGUCUACAGAUGCUUUUCUGCCACCGCUGGCUCCUGUUGUGCUUCAAGCGGGAGUUCCCUGAGGCUGAGGCCCUGCGCAUCUGGGAGGCCUGCUGGGCCCACUACCAGACCGAUUACUUCCACCUCUUCAUCUGUGUGGCUAUCGUGGCCAUCUAUGGGGAUGACGUCAUUGAGCAGCAGCUUGCCACCGACCAGAUGCUCCUGCACUUCGGAAACCUGGCCAUGCACAUGAACGGAGAGCUGGUGCUCAGGAAGGCCAGGAGUCUGCUGUAUCAGUUCCGCCUGCUGCCACGCAUCCCCUGCGGUCUGCAUGAUCUGUGCAAGCUCUGUGGGACAGGCAUGUGGGACAGCGGGUACAUGCCUGCCGUGGAGUGUGCCGGCCACCACCCGGGCUCAGAGAGCUGUCCCUACGGGGGCAUCGUGGAGAUGCCUUCACCCAAACCCCCAAGAGAUGGCAAGAAGGUCCCAAAGGCAUCUCGGGAAGGCUUUGGUUUCCGCAGAUAAGGGCUGCUGCCUGCUCAGGACAAGGGGUGAAGGGCCUCGCCAGAGGUCUUAGCAUGUGGGAGGGGGUGGGGAUGGGCGUGGAAGGGACAGAGGGCUGGUAAAAUGUAAGGAAGAUGCCUUUGGGCAGCAUGAAAAGAACCAUUGCACAGUAAUGCAGAAUCUGGAAAUGACAGCAGUCAGCCUAGCAGCCACCCAGAGAGAGGCUGGCUCCAGGAACUUGGGGGCCAGGAGCACCUCCAGAUGCAGACCACUCAGGCUUCAUGCCAGUCACCUUUGGUGGGUUUCAGCAUGGCCCAGGAGUUCUUCCUUGCCAGGGAAUGGAAUAGCAGGAAUAGGAGAAGGAAGCCUUAUCCACCCUCAGCACCAAGGGAUGCAGAAAAAUGGGGUCCUCUGCCCAGGCACAGAGACGUCCCUGCAACCAGGCACAUCCACAUCUACCCUACAGUCUUCCAGGGAGCCAGCGUGAGAGAGACAUCUCAGGAGAGGCCUCUUGAUGUGAGGACCAGUGUUAAGAAUAGGGACUGGGUCAGCGUUAGCACUGUGCCCAUGGGGGAAAGGAAGUGCCUGCCCACAAACCAGAGCCAUAGGCUCCAUUUGUCAGAUGCAACCCCUUGGUUGGGACCUUCACUUAAGGAUCCGAGGUGCUGUUUAUGGUCAGCCCCACCAAAUACAGCAGCCAACUUGGGGCUGAAAGGGCCGAAGUGUGUGUGUGUGUGUGUGUGUGUGUGUGUAUGUGUGUGUGUGUGUGUAUGUGUGUGUGUGUAUGGAUACAAUAUUAAGUGACCAACCAAGACCAGACACCUCAGCUGGCUGGGAAGGUUGGCCUACCUCGCUCAGGACCUGCAGCCUCUGCUUGAACACGACCUUCCCAUCAGUCAGUUUCUCAGGUGUCUGGGCACAAAAGGCCACUGUCGCAUAGCAGCACACAGGGCCCUCUGCUUCUGGGUGGGAAUGAGACUUUCCAACACAUUGUCCUCCAAAAGGCUGUCACUCACUGCUUCUGGGAGUGAGGGAUGGACAGACCAGACUCGUGACCUGUGAUGAGAAUGCUCCCAGCCAUGCUUGGAGAGCCACAUCCGAGGUGGUGGGAGCGGAGUGCUCGGGAGAGGUCCCGAUGUCACCGGGAGCAGGGAUUCCUCCUGUGCUCAGCUCUGACAUGGAAGAGUAGGCACUGCUGGACGGUGCCACUUUUAAAAGAUGUUUGUCAGCAGGAAGGAGGAGUCCCCGUCAUCAGCCCCGCUGUUCUGUAUGAGCCUGGUCUUCUCCACAGGAAACUUCAAGUUCCCCAGGUCCCUCUGUCCAGGAGCCCUGGGAUGGGGACUGGGGCUAUUGAGAAGCCCUGUCACUAUGCUGAUCUUAAGCUGCUGACCUGACCAUUAUGAUCCUGCAGUGGUGGCCCUGGGAGGUGGGAUUUUCAUCUGCUUUGCUUCUGGAAAGAGGAUUGUUGGCUCCUGAUGCCCUGGGGAAAUAGCUAGAGCUAACCAGGCCCAUACUGCCUCAACCCUCGGGAGCCAGACCCCAGAAGCAGGUAUAGGGCUGAGGAUUUAGCUCAUCGGCACUGUGCCUGCCUGGCAAGCGAGAGGUCACGAGUUCAAUUCCUGGUACCAGAAACAAAACAAAACAAAACAAAAAAACCAGAGGCAGGUAUACUGUUAGCUACCCUCUCCCAUAGUAAUACACUGUAGCAAAUAGCCCCAAAACCUGGUGACCAAAAACCCUAUGCUCCUAGUUCACACACAGAUUUGCUGGUCAUGGUCCUGGUGGGCAGUUCUGGCUUGGUUGGACUUGCUCAGCCGUAAAGUCCCAGUGACUCAGGGGUCCCAGGGAGGUCGUGUCCAGGUUGCGGGGUAGGUCUCUGGCAUCCCUGCCACUGGCCAGCCCCACUGGACACAUGCCUUUCCAAACCUUGCAGACAUCACACCUGCUGACAUCACUAUGGUUAAAGUAAUCAUGUCACCGGACUUGGCAUCCUUGGGUGGCAGCAUAGACCCUCCCCUGUAGUGCACCCUCUAUGUGGUCAUGUAGGCAAAGCUUAAGAAUUCGUGAGGGGGACUAGGAUGGCUGUUACAGUCUCCUACCCCUGCCAUUCCUGCUGCCCCUUGUCACUCCUCCUGGAGAGAAAGAACAGCGUCCUGCCCUCCCCUGCCCACAGCCUGACACCUUGUGCUUUUCGGCUGCUGUACCUGGAGGAUGGGGUGGGGGAGGGUAGCAGGUGAGGGGAGCGUCCAUUCUGUCUCAGCCUCCAUAGAUUCCUCUCUGGCAGUUUCCAAGACCUGACCCAGACCCACCAGCUGCAUCGUGGCCAGGUGCCACCCCUGCCCCUCACGCCACACCUCAUGGGCCAACACAGGUCCAGGGGACAUCUGCACCUGUGGGCCAGCCAGGGUCUUGGAAGCCAGACCUGGGAGUGUCAGCUGACAGAACCCUGCCGGGGGUAGGGGGUGGGCAGAGGAGUCCUCGUUCACACACUCCCUUAAUCUGGAUGCAAUUAGAGGAAACCAGCCAAAAACCCUGCGGCAGCUGUUACCCCAGGAUUAUUCCCAGCCAGCAAAAGGCAUUAGGGUGAUAAUUCAGUCAUUAGACUCCAAGCCUUCCCACCGCCAGGACGUGCAAAUUGGGGGUAAUCAGCCCAGCACUGCCAUCCUCAGCGAUGCUGCUUAUUUAACCCAUUUUUUAAAAUGACACUUAAUGUUAUUGGCCGGUGCGCGUGUGUGCGCAUACUUAAAAGUUGGCGGUCGGUCCAGCUCCACCGCUAAUGUCUGUGCUGACAAUGCUGUGUGAUGUCAUCCGGGGCCUCUGGGAUGAGAGGGCACCUUUGAUGUGUGUGUGCAGGCACUAGGAGGGCAGUGAUGAGGCUUGACGCCUGCUGCCACCCAGGGAGGUCCUGCUGACUUCUUGCUCAGGGAGAAAGGCUGAUGCCAGGGGCCCAGGAGAGGGACAUACCAACAGGAAAUGGCAGAGCUCUGUGGCCAGGCCAGAAGGGUGUUUUCCCAGUGUACAAGGGACACAGUGCCCUCUGGAAGGUUCUACCUCAAGUCCCAGCCAGGAAGACUCACUAGUCAUGGUGCAGCUCACCUCUGCAGAGGAGCAGGGCCUGGAGUCCACAUGGGCAGCCUUGGGCCUGGACACUGUCCACAUAGCAUCCUGACCAGCUGAGCCUCAGGCAGGAGGGAGGCUAUUAACUCUCAGAAGCGAGGACCUCAACCUCAGAGCCCAUGUCACACCUUGUUAGCUGAACGGCCACCAUCUUUAAAGUGGGGGCUUCCCUUUGCCUUGGAUUGUGGCCAGGGCUGGCAGAGCGCACUCAGCUCUUACCUUUGAUAGGUGGCCUUGGAGGGGUAGGUGGCCGCAGGAAGUGGGGUGAGGGCUGUAGACGGGGCUUCAGUUACUGUAAGGUCCCUCCGAGCUCUUGUCUGCUUGUCUGCCAGAAAUGACUUGAAGAGGGUGGCUUAAGGGAAGUAAGGAUCAGCUCAGGCUGUGCCCUGGGAAGUCCUCACUCCUGUCCAACCUCCUCUGCUCCCUGCAAGGAGGGAGGGUUAUGGACACCCUGGGCUCACUGGGAAGAGGGAGGGAGCUACCUUCAGUGUAUCUGUGCAGAAGAGGACCCUGGAAGCUUCCUUGCCUCAGAAGGGGGAGGAGAGGUCCCGUGGGAAAACUGCAUAGUACUGGCCAGUGCAAACUGAGGCCAUGGUGGGCAUGGCUGCCCAGCUACGCCGCCCAUCCCUGAUGUCCCUAGGAAUAGACAGCCCUGGGACCUGUGAGGUUCUAGAACAGCUACAGAGACUUCUGUCCUGGGCAGAAACGCCCCAUCUUUACAAGCCGGUUUCUCCCGAAGUCCUCCUUCAAGCUGAGAAGCUGCAGCACUGUGCAGGGGAGGAGCUCUUCCCUGUGGCUGGGGACAUGGCCACCCUGGUACAUGGCCUUCUACCGCUCCCAGCCUGUUUCCUCUCCUAUGAAGCAAGAGUAAGGUUUCCCCAGGUUGUCUCUCAGGGUUGCCUCAGGGAACCUUGGUGUCCAAGCUGCAGUGCAGACGGUUUACCAUGGCCCAGGACUUCACCUGCCACUCAGGGAAGAGACCACUGGCCUUAGCCUUCUGCACAGCACUGCCCACAUGGGGCCACAUGCUCCAAGUGGUUUGGAGUCAGCAAACCCAUAUCCCUCCCACAUACCCCACUUUGCUGUGUGUCUUCUGCCAAGGGCAAAGCUGUCUGCCUCCUCUGCAAAGUUCACUCCAUGACAUUCAUUCCUGCCAUGAAGAAAACCAGCCACAAAAUAUCCUCAGUGAGCCUGAACGUAUGUGCCAGUGUGUGUCCAUCCACAUGCAAAGCUCUUCCACAGGAAGGUGCCAUGUGUCCUCCAGAUCUGACCCCCUGUCUGUGAAAAUCUCACAGGCUACAGACUCUGGCCUCCUGGGUUAACGUUUAGGACCAGCAGAAGGAUAUGCCUGGGCCUCCCUAAGCAGAGAGAAAUGCAAGCAGCCUGCCACAGCCAGUCUUUUCUGUAUGCUGAAUUGCAUGUCCAGGCUGGAAGGUAGCACUUAACAUCCAAAGAGAGAUCAAGCCCUGUGACCAUCCUUGCUCCGGGUGCUUUGCAGGUAGAGAGUUAUUUAAGGGAAGUCUCCCAAAAUUUCUGUCAUUCCCAGAAGAUUAGUGAUGUCUGCAGCAAGUGACUCAUUCUCCGUGUUCUGCUUUGUUUUCUUAACUAUAAUUGCCCACCAGUCAGGCCCAGGGCUGGGACCAUGAUCCCUGCGAGCCAUGGCCCCAACUGCUUCUGGCUUUCAUGGAUUCCACUGCAGAGAAAAUAAAAUCAUAUUGACAACUAA